GCCAGCGUUUGGGUGGUCGUAGACAUUGGACCGUGAUAUUGGAAGCAGCCCGGGAACACUUCGCGCGCUCUUCCCGAAUUCUUUGCUCUGGCGCUCGGUUUUGGGCUGAUUUUGCCCGAGCGCUCCACCCCCAUAUCCCUUCGACCGCCCCAGAAGCGAAAAGGGCUCGCGCGGGACGAGGUGGAGAAGCGGCGGCACGCGGCGGCGCAGGUUGUUUAGCUGAGGCAGAUUCAAGCUGCACCAUGUCUGACUUGGACUUGGUUGCUUACAUAAACGAGGAGAACAAAAGAAGAAAGAGGAGGCGAAUAGUUUUGACCAAACUGCACUUUGAAUCGUUUCUUCUUGGGAUAGCAUAUCUUAGUACGCAGAGGGCACCAAGGGAUUUAGGAAGCUUUAGUGACGAUGAGGAAAAAAACAUUCAUCGGAAGUAUUUGCUAAAAGGAUUGUAUGAUGGGGCAGAAGUAACAUGCUAUGAUCAGCUACGUUUAACUAAAAGAAACUUCCAUGACUUAUGCACCAUGUUGCGUGAGAGGGCUGGUCAAAGUGGAUUUGGGUGGGAUUGGAUCAAUAACAAGUUGUCGAUUGAUAGUGAAGAUGUGUGGAUUAAAUAUGUCGCGGCUAACAAGAAAGUAGGAUUUUACAAGAACAAGGUCAUUAAGAAUUGGGAUGCUAUCACCACCAUAUACUCAAAAGAUCAUGCAAAUGGUGAAGGUGCUGUCACAGGUGCUGAAACUGUUGUAGAACCAACUAUGGAACCCAAUGAAGCCUCUCCUGAAGUGCCACACAAAAAACAGCGGACUGGUGAUGCCAUCCUGUGCCUACUUGGGGAUAUGAAAGGCUCAUUUAAUGAUGCUUUGAAGUCACUUGAGCCUUUACCUCUGCCCCAAGUUACACCUCCUGCUGAAAUCCUCGCGACACUUGAGAUGAUCCCUGAUUUGGCUCGUGGUGACAUAUUGCGAUCUUAUGGUAAGUUGAUCCUUAGCGAACGCUUGUACCAAGCGCUUCUUGAGCUUCCCAUGAACUUCAGGAAGGAAUGGUUGUUGAUGUUGGAAUAGUAGAAUGGCUCUUGAUGGAUAAUAUGUAUGUGUACUACUACUUUUAGUUCUCCUAGUUUGUGUGAGACUUUUGAACUUGUCCUAAAGUUGCAUGGUUGAUGCACAGGACUUGUUAUGUGUUCCAGAUGGUGUGAGACAUGUUAUAAUAUGUAAUGGUGUUGGCAAGGCUAUCAUAAUAUGCUGCUGCUACCUACAGUUUUGAGCCUAAUUCUAAUAUACUACUGUAAUGUACAGUUUUCA